CUUUUCGGAUUGACCUCGAUGUUGGCAUUCACGAUUCCAUUCAGAUUUCACAACGUGCAUCCCACAUUCGCAACACAACACAUUCAUGAAGAGCGCGCAGCAGGAGGAGGAGGAAGUUGAAGACGAGUCAUGGUCAAGUGUUUGUUUGACUCGACUUGACACGUCGCUUUGACUGCAACACGCCCACGCCCACGCCCACGCCCACGCCCACGCCUACGCCUACGCCUACGCCUCUCGCCUUUGGCCGUUUGGCUGGGAUGGAGGAGGUGCAGGCGAUAGUGAAGGCGUUCAGCUUGCUCUCCGGUGAAGCGGACGAUCGAGAUGCUGCCUUGCGGCACCGCAUCAAGCUUCAUCUGAGCGGCAGCGGCAGCAGCAGCAGCAGCAGCAGCGCAGCAAAGCCGCAGCACAAGGAUGCGCUGUUGGAAUGCAGACUGUGUGAAGCUCAGUCGCGACUGCAAAGCUACAACGCCCCCAUCAUCACCACCGACACCAACACUACCACCAACACCACCACCACCACCGACACCGCCACCGCAUCAGUGCAGCAUCGCACAGGCCAGCUCAUCCUCCACCUCUUGCUUCAGCUUCACAACACUCUGUCUCGACUCCAGCAAAGCACUUCCUCUCUGCCCGCACCUGCACCUCCACUCAGCGGACCAUCGAGAAUCAAAGCGCAAGAUGAUGCCCCUCCUCCUCCCACCAUCGCCCCUCUCAUCGGCACGCGCGACUCGCAGUGCAUCUCCUUGUGUCUCGCCCUGUGCAUACACUGGCACAUUGCACAUCUCAUCACAUCCUUCGAUCGCGCACAUCACGCUCGCACUCGCGCUGAGCUGCGAGAGGAUGAGGGUGAAGCGGAGUUGCGCAUCGCAGCGCAAAAUCUGCAGCAAGCCUUUCAAUCUCUUCGGCAUUUGCUGCCACCGGCCCUCGUCUCGCCCAGCAACGCCAUUCCCAGCAGCGGCGCAGCCAAGAGGGGCAUAGCUGAACAAGCGGCUUCAACGCGCAGCAGCGAGAUCAGCGCCAUCGUUUUGGAGUCAGCCGUACCCGCACUCUUGGCCAUGGCUAUCAGGCUCGGUUGGCUGCCUCAUCUUGCUGGCGGCGACCAGCUUGGCGAUGCACAGUCGGCUGCAGCCACGUUGCAGAGCGUGUUGAGGGGCCUUUCAACCGCCUCUUCCAUCAACGCGCUUUCGAGCAGCAGCGCACUCGCGGGUGCAGCGGCAGCCUCUGCAACUCCCACGCAGCGCAGCAGUGCGCCGACAGCCCCUCUCAUGCUCACACAGCGCGCUGCUCCUGCAUACGUUCGGCACAUCACCAUGCGCUUCAUGGCUGCACAAUUGCUACGCCAGGAUGGCGUCCGGUGCAUGGUCGCAGCCGCAUUGGGCUUUCAAGACGAUCAUCUUGGCAGUGCGAGCCGCGAUGGCGGGAACGCGCAACUGGAGGGCUUCGAGAAGAUUGCGCAGCUGCUCUCGUCGCCUCCGAAGGGUAUGCCGCUGCAGAUUUUCCUCGGGUGCAUCAUCCCUCAAAUGCUGCAGAUGCUCUCAGACCUGCCCUCCGCACCAUUGCAACACAGGGCAAGCUCCGGUGCGCCACCGCAAGAAGACACCACCUCUGGUCUUUUGCACCCGCCCUCCCUUCAACCCCGUAUCGAGGUUCCCGACUCGCACGCGCGAGCCAUCGCCUUUGCUCUAUGUGCGUUGCAUCGUCGUCACCAAUCAGAGUUUUCCUCUGUCCUGGAAGGCUACAUUUGGCUGCCAUUUCAGCCAUCGCGCACGGCAGCUCCACCGACAUUGCGAUCGCAGUCGACGACAGCUGUACCCGACGCCAAAGGCGAGCUCGUCGUGCACAGCCUACACGUCAGCUGCGCAGUGCGCCUCAUCGAGGCCAUCAUCUCGUCUGCUCCGCCAGAGCCGACCUUCAUUUCGUCACUCCUUCAACCCGUAUUUACGCAGCUGUUCACGUGCUGGUCUUGCCUGCAUGGUCCAGGCAACAUGGUGGAUGAAGUUGCUGCCGACGUUGGCAUGAAGGUCAUCCUCGCAAAUUUGUUGAGCACCUACCUGAAGCUAGGCGACGCAUCGGCUCUAGCAAGUCUUCUUGGUGCGAAUCCCGAUGGUCUUUUGAUUCGCGCGAGAGAUGGGUUAGGCGAAGAGGCGCUCGAUGGCGACGCCUUUCAUUGGGCAAACGCUGCUGACGGGCUGGAAAUACGCUCCGGAGCAUCACCGCGGCAAGACACUCAGCUGGGCACACCUCUUGGGGAUGCUCUCUCUGCGCUUUCGCUCGAGGCAUGGGAUGUCUUUGGGCGCGCUGGGCUCAACGAUGCCGAUGAGACGGAAGUUGAUGCUCGGCAAGAGGCCACUAAUGCACAGCAGCUGCUCGCAAAGCUCGGCUUGAAUUUGCGACCCGAUCCGAGCUUGUACGUCAAGAUGAUCCAAGACUCUGGCCGCGCCGACGUCGCUGCGCUGCUUUUGAGGCAUCUUUUGGAAACGUAUGCAGGUGUGCAAGCGGCACAAGAGGCUGGGGCGGAGCAGCUCGCUGCAAAAGUCAGUCCUCUGCUCCUGCUGCAAUGCAUUACGCAACUUCUGCAAGCAUUUCAGGAACAGCUUUUGAAAGCAGAGCCCGACGUCGUCCUGGGUUUCAUCGAUUUUGCGUUGCGCAGCACCAACAUCGCGGAAGCCUCUCCAAAAGAAUCCAAUCUACAGGCACCACUGAUUGUUCCCCUUCCUGUGGAUGGCAGCCACUCGCAACUUCCUGACAGUGCACUUGACGACGAGAUAGAGGCUGCAGCAGAUGGAAGUGGCAGCAUGGGAAUGUCCACCGAGCUCGUUUGCGUUGCGCUGGAGCUGCUGCUUGCUUUGCUGGAGGGCCAUCCUAACAUGACGCCUUCUAGCCACACCUUGCUUGAAGGUAUUGCAAGGUCCGCCGAUCACCAUGCGGCGGGCGACGUUAAAGUUGCAAAACUCGCGCGAGAAGUUCAGCUAGUGUUGCUGGCCAGGCGCCAUAGCGCAAGAGGUCCAACAGCCGGCAAGAGGGCCUCUGAGACCUCAUCACCUGUACGACGUGGAAAUGCUCUUUACAACAAAGCCUUGCGGCUCUUGCAAGAUCCUGUUGUGCCCGUACGCGCUCAUGGUCUCACGGUGCUUGGCGAUCUGGUGCGCGAGGCCGAUGGAGUCCGAAUGGAAGCUGCGCUGGUACCUGCGCUCCUCGACAUGCUGAUUCAGAUUGUGCAAGACGAAGAGUCAUUUUUGUAUCUGAACGCCAUCAGGGUGCUCGCUGCGCUGGCUCGACGCAGAGACUCGGACUCUAGGACCCUUGGCCGACUAGUAGAUGUUUACAUUGGUGCCAUCUCCGCACGAUCCUUGUCGAUGCAUGCAAGCGAGCUCGACAAACGUCUGCGGGUAGGCGAAGCGCUGCUGCUCGUCAUCAAACAAAGCGAAAUUCAAGCAACCGAACUCAUCGCACCACUUCUAAGCGCUCUCGCCAGUGCCUAUGUGCCCGCCACAUUGCGAAGCAGCGUCAUUUCCGUGCUUGGCACUACUGUGGAGGCGAACCCUCUGCGGAUAGCUGCGAAUGGACACGCGGAGCAAAUGGCGCUUGCUAUGUUCGACCUAAUAGCUCUCGAGCUCCAAGGAGCAAAGCCGAGCGCCGAAGUCGACGAGAAAGAAGAGAAAGGUGGAGUUCGGAUGGAGGAUGCCAGCAAGCCUGCGCAAUUGCGGCGAAGCGCUUUUCACCUGCUCGCUUUACUGAUACGAGGAAGCAAGCACCAGAUCGAAGCGUUGCAGCAGGACCGCGGUCCAGCAGAGUCUUUGAGCUCUUUGCGUCUGCCAAAUGGCUCGAAUCUGCCUUCCAUCUCUGCCAACGUGCAUGCGCACCGGGCGAUCCAGGAAGUAGAACCACUGCUUUUUGAUCCUGCUAAAGCCCAGAUGGUCGAGCGCGCUCGAACGUUGUCCAGCUAUGCGCAGGCUGUGGAUGUGGAUGCAGUCGUCCAAAUUCAAGCUGGCGAACUUCUUGCAGAUCUCCAGGCGCUGCAGGUCGUAUAUCUGCAAUCGAAUCGAUGAUGAUCGCGUUUCGCA